UGCAGCGGAGCGGGGGUGCACACGGCAAAGCGCCCCACUGACCCACGCAUAUAGAGCGCACAGAUCCGGAGAAGAGCUCCACUCCCAGGGAUGACAACACGCCAGAGGAUCUACUUUCAAUCCGCUCCGUCCUCACGCUGAAAAAGUUUUUACGCGCGGCACAGGCAGGGGACACCUGCUUCCAAGUUACCACUGCGUAAAACGGGCUGACCUGCAAAAUGCACAGACCCGGCGUCCAAGGGACUGCGUUCUCAAUCGAUUCCCUCAUCGGGACCCCUCAGCCCAGACCGGGACACCUGCUCUACACGGGCUACCCCAUGUUCAUGCCCUACAGAUCUUUGGUUAUUCCGCAGGCUUUAUCCCACUCGCCUCUGACCUCGGGUAUUCCUCCACUUGCGCCUUUGGCUUCCUUCGCGGGACGGCUCACCAACACGUUCUGCGCCAGCUUGGGACAGGGGGUGCCGUCCAUGGUCGCCCUCACCACAACCAUGCCGAGUUUCUCGGAUCCGCCGGACAGUUUCUAUCCACCACAGGAGCUCCCCGGUCCGCGUUUAAGCGCAGCCGACCCCGGGUCGAGGAGGCAGGACAGUCCGCGCUCUGAGGAGCUGCACGGCCGCGACAAGGGCUCCGAUCUGCUCAACUUCUCGGAAACUUUUCAGACGAUAUCAGGUGAGACAAAACUGUACAGUUCAGACGACGAGAAGCUGGACCUAAAAUCCGCGGACACCGUGUGCAGCGACCGGGAGGACAGCUCCGUGGACAGCGAGAACGAGAGCUUCUCGGACGGGAACAACUGUGGCUCCCUGACGCAGAAGAGCAAACUGAAAGGCGGCUCGCAGGAGGCGCUGCCCCCCGGCAGCUCGGCGGGGAAGAGCCGCAGGAGACGAACAGCUUUUACCAGCGAGCAGCUGCUGGAACUUGAAAAGGAGUUUCACUGUAAAAAGUACCUUUCUCUGACUGAGCGCUCCCAGAUCGCGCACGCACUCAAACUGAGCGAGGUGCAGGUGAAGAUCUGGUUUCAGAACCGCAGGGCCAAGUGGAAAAGGAUCAAAGCCGGGAACGUCAACAACCGCUCAGGAGAACCGGUGCGAAACCCCAAAAUCGUGGUGCCCAUCCCCGUGCACGUCAACAGGUUCGCCGUGAGGAGUCAGCACCAACAGAUAGAGCAAGGGACCAGGCCAUGAACUCAGAAAUCCUCAUGAUAAUAAUAAUAAAAAAAAAAAACACUUACAUUGACUCUAUAUGUUCCACUGAUUUGUUGAACGCAUGAAGCACAAUGAGGAGGAUUCCGUUCUUGUCGUCUGAGGAUUUUCUCUCAGGCAGAUGAAUUAUUUGGCAAAAAUGCUGUCAUGAUUUUUUAUUUAUUGUUGUGUGAAUAUGUAAAUAUAAACGGGCACUAUGAUGAGAUGAGACUGUAAAGAUUUUUUAAGUAUUUAUAUGUAGGGGCCAAAUUGUUCUGUCGGUUAUGUGCAUGUCCUCAUUUGGUGAAACUAUUCUGGAUUUUCGUUUCGUGUUUUAGUAAAAGAAAAUUUGUUGAACCACAUUUGCAUGUAACUUAAGAGGUUUUACUUUUAUUUUGUUUCGGGCGACCGGAGGAUCCAGCUUCGACAGCUCCAUGUGGAAAAAAAAAUAAGAAAUGAUGUGAAGGAGGUUUUGACCAAACAAAUAAGGGACAAGUGUAAAG